AUGUUACUACGAAAACCAAUCACGGGCGGGGAUACCCCAUCGCUUGUGACACGUCGAGGUCGAUUGGAACCUCUCUGGGCCGAUGUACUUUCUGAUUUAAAAGUCAUCAAUGAUGAAGAGUCGAAGUUAAUCGUUCAUAUCCCAAGAACACACGUUUUUGUUGGACAGUACCUCUGUGGUUGUGAAUCUACAGAUGCUCUUAGAACUCCAAUUCUCUCUAAUCCAACUUCUUUGGAAGGAAUUGAUUUUUCAACCGGUAAGUUACCAAAUUCCUAUAGACUACUCAAUAAGCUCCAAAUGAGAUCUUGGUGA